AUGUCUGGAAGAGGCAAAGGCGGAAAGGGACUCGGGAAAGGAGGUGCGAAGCGUCAUCGCAAAGUGUUGCGCGAUAACAUCCAGGGUAUCACCAAGCCUGCCAUCCGUCGCCUUGCUCGCCGCGGUGGUGUUAAGCGUAUUUCCGGUCUCAUUUACGAGGAGACCCGUGGUGUCCUGAAGGUGUUUCUGGAGAAUGUUAUCCGUGACGCCGUCACCUACACCGAGCACGCCAAGAGAAAGACCGUCACCGCCAUGGACGUCGUGUACGCGCUGAAACGACAGGGACGCACUCUACCGUCUGUGUGCCAUAUAAGACAUGGCAAAUCAGCGAUGGCACGAACCAAGCAGACCGCUCGUAAGUCCACCGGUGGCAAAGCCCCGAGGAAGCAGCUCGCCACCAAAGCCGCCCGUAAGAGCGCUCCCGCCACCGGCGGCGUGAAGAAGCCUCAUCGUUACAGGCCCGGCACCGUGGCUCUGAGAGAGAUCCGCCGCUACCAGAAGUCCACCGAGUUGCUCAUCCGCAAACUGCCUUUCCAGCGCCUGGUGAGAGAGAUCGCUCAGGACUUCAAGACGGAUCUGCGCUUCCAGAGCUCCGCCGUCAUGGCUCUGCAGGAGUCCAGCGAGGCUUAUCUGGUCGGUCUGUUCGAGGACACAAACCUGUCAAUCAUGUCUGGAAGAGGUAAAGGCGGAAAGGGACUCGGAAAAGGAGGCGCGAAGCGUCAUCGUAAAGUUCUGCGUGAUAACAUCCAGGGCAUCACCAAGCCUGCCAUCCGUCGUCUUGCUCGACGCGGCGGAGUGAAACGUAUCUCCGGUCUCAUCUACGAGGAGACUCGCGGUGUCUUGAAGGUGUUUCUGGAGAACGUUAUCCGUGACGCCGUCACCUACACCGAGCACGCCAAGAGAAAGACCGUCACCGCCAUGGACGUCGUGUACGCGCUGAAACGACAGGGACGCACUCUGUACGGCUUCGGAGGUUAAACGCGUUUAUUCUGAAGUUAAACAUUGAACACAACGGCUCUUUUAAGAGCCACCCACUGUCUCACUCGAGGAGUUGAAUUUCAGAAGUUCUAUCAUCAAACGAAAUGCUGUGAAAGUCACGUUUUAUUAUCCCGGUUUUGUUUCUGAGAUCUCGUUCUUUAUUAACUGAUGAGAUUAAUCUGUUGUGUUAAACGCUUCUCUCGCUCGAAGAAGAAACUCCAUCAUAUCAACUAUAUAAACGUAAACACGCCCAAAGCUGGUGAAUAAAGCAUAAAAGGGUGAAAUGAUUUAAUG